AUGUGUGAGCACAAUCUUCUUAGUUCUGGCUAUGUUGCUCCCCUCUUGAAUUUUCACUCCCCAGACUCCCUGUAUCUCCAAAAUUUGCGAGGCAAUGGAGCACCUAUAUCUGGGCUUCCGCAGAUAUCAUAUGGUAGAAGAGAGUUGUGCUCGCUCCCGUGGGGUUCUGAAAAUUCGUGCACUACCCCAGCCCAGAGCCGCGCCUGCAGUGGCUACUCUCAGCCGUUUUUCAGCAGUUCAUCCGCUGUGGGCGUUAGCCUCAACAAUCACAACAAGAUCUUGCUGGAGGAAUCCGGGAGGUACUACUUUCAAGAUGUCAGCCACAAGUCAGAGGAGCCACUUCGACCUAACCCAACGUUCGCAAGUGGUCUGGGAAUAACUGGCUCUGCCAGCAAGUAUGCAGUUUUAAACUUGGAAAGGCAACAGCAAAACAUGGUUGCACAGAAUGAGUUGAAAUCUAUUGACCAGCCAGUGGCCGAUGGCACAAAACAGUCUGUCAAUUCCAGCGCUCUUGUCCAACCAUCAGUGAGCACCCAUAGUAUCAAAGCAACCUUCUCCGAUGGACUACCGUGGUGUCCAUCACAGGUGAGAUCGAGAAAAAAGAGAAAACCUUACACGAAGACACAACUAGCCGAACUGGAGAACGAAUAUAUGAUACAUGAAUUUAUAAACCGAGAUAAACGAAAGGAACUUUCGGACAGAUUGGAACUGAGCGACCAGCAAGUGAAAAUAUGGUUUCAGAACCGCAGAAUGAAGAAAAAAAGACUUAUGAUGCGCGAGCAAUCCUUCACGUUGUACUGAGAACAUGUGAACAAUUGCUGGGUAUGUUUGUAUGUUGGAGACAUCAUUGACACAAGAUACAUCUCUCACAGGGAUUCAAGUCCACCAAACGCUUCUAGCUGGAAAAGACUAAUUGCCAAGCCCCCUAUGUAAAAUCCACUUGUACUUCACAAUAAUAGUCAAACUGAAUAUAUUGAGAUUAAUAUUUAUUG